AAGAAACAAGAAAAAGAAACGGAAUCUGAGGAAGAGAACGAUAAGAGACGAGUGAUAAAUCCGAUGUGCUUCGUAAUGAAUCCCACUGGAAAUACCACCGUUGCAACGAUGGAACGCGACAUGCUGAAGGCCUCAAAAGGACGCAUUCAGUAUGCGAUACGUCACGAUAUGCCUCCAAACUGGCGUAGUCGACUUUCACUAGUGACAACAUUCGAUGGCACGUUCUACUGGCAUACACCGGCACGAGUCGACGUCAAGAUAUUGAAUUUCUACGAAAGUUACACCAAAGAUCCGAAAUAUCGUUCAGUGGUGAAAACGUAUUGUUGUGAUGGCUCGUUCAGAACGUGUCUAACGACUCGAGGCGUGCGAGUAGUGGAACUGGAUUCUGAAAUUCCAAACCUGAAAAUGUACGUUCCAUGA